ACCCACCCUUCUCCUUUGCCGUCAUGCCAUGACGUCAGAGCGGCGCAUGUAAACCCGGAUGUAACCAACGCCUAAUUUCGAUAGAAACGAUGCAAACUAUAAAGUGCGUGGUGGUGGGGGAUGGUGCUGUGGGCAAGACCUGCCUGCUGAUUUCCUACACAACCAACAAGUUCCCCUCUGAAUAUGUUCCUACGGUGUUUGAUAACUAUGCUGUGACAGUGAUGAUCGGAGGGGAGCCCUACACCCUGGGACUGUUUGACACUGCAGGUCAAGAAGACUAUGAUAGGCUUCGUCCUCUCAGCUACCCUCAGACAGAUGUCUUCCUUGUCUGUUUCUCUGUGGUGUCUCCUUCUUCUUUUGAGAACGUUCGUGAGAAGUGGGUACCUGAGAUCUCUCACCAUUGCCCUCGCACCCCCUUCCUGCUUGUGGGCACCCAAGUGGACCUGCGGGAUGACAGUAACACAGUGGAGAAGUUGGCCAAGAAUAAGCAACGGCCCCUUUCUCCAGAGAGCGGCGAGAAGCUUGCCCGGGAUUUGCGAGCUGUCAAGUAUGUGGAGUGCUCCGCCCUCACACAGCGGGGCCUGAAGAACGUGUUUGACGAAGCCAUCCUGGCAGCACUGGAGCCCCCCGAGACCAAGCCCAAGAAGCGCUGUGCUCUGCUAUAGAGACAGAGACACCAAGUAUGAGGAGAAAUCCAGAGGGGAGACCAACAGCCCAGAGGGCAGGAAGGGGGGCUGAGGAGGAACAAAGGGGGGGGCAUCAAAGAGCGAGAAAGUUGUUAAAUGCCAAUGUAAGACAUCCACACAUGUAUUCAUACACUGUGCCUUCAGCAGAGCGAUAAGGACAGGGGCUGACGGGGGCAUCUGCACUUAUCCCUAAUUUGUGGUCUCUUUUCAUUUAUGAGUUUUGCCAUUUUGGCACAGUGGUUAGGAGGGAGAGAGAAACCAGACUGGAGGAGGUGGUGGAAGAAUGGUUUGGUUGGUUAAUAAAGGACCAGAAUUUGGUGAACUGUAAUAGUGUACUGUAGAUAAGCUGAUGGGGUACAUUUCCCUCUGCCUCCUGCUUCCUCGAGAGAAAUUCAAAGUUAAUUUUAAUCUCAGUCUGCUGCCCACUGCAGUUGAUGAGAGAACUGAAUUUAUAUUUUUCUUUGUUUUUGAGUAUGAUGUAUAAAAUUAUGAAUAUUAUAUUUUUGCUCUGGGGGAUUUAUAGAGGCUAAACAAUUUGAAACUUGAGUUUUUUUUAUUUUAUGAUUUUUUUUUUUUUCCUAGUCUUUGUGUUUUAGAAUACCAUUUGGUUGUGCUUCAUUAAUAUAACAAUUUUGUCAUGUUAUUUUAGAUAACUAAUCUUAAUUGUAGUAAUAACAAAAAUGGCAUAAUUAGUAAUUUUCUGGGUGUUUAUAAUCAGAUUUGUAAUAAAAUUGGUUUAACUGACAAAAA